UGGCGAAUCGGCGGCUCCGGGCGCGCGGGUUCUAACGGGGAGGCGGGAACCUCCCGGUGUCGCCGCCUCCCUCAGCGGCCGGGUACCCCCCCGCCGCAGCCGCCGCCGCCCGCCCGGCACCCAGGAAAUCAACUCAAGAAGAUGAAGCCUAAUAAAGGAAAGACCUGCACUAGGGAGAGAGACUAUGUGUACAAAUUCAGUGCAGGAAAUCAACAUUUAGUGCUUACUGUGCCUCUCAAAUUCCCUGUGCAAGAGAAUAUUAGUCAUUUGCAUGGGCGUCUAAUGCUUCUGCACAAUCUGCCAUGCUUUAUAGAAAACGACCUGAAGCAAUCUCUUAAUAAGUUCAUAGAAGAGGAAACGAUAAAAGAUUACGAUAGAGAAGCUGAAAUGGCUCUGGAAGCAGUGAAAUCAGGAAAAGUAGACAUAAACCAGCUGGCAGAUACUUGGGCUAAAGCUUAUAAAGAGACAACAUUAGAAUAUGCAAAACCUGAAGAAACCAGCUGGGAUGAAGAUUUUGCUGAUGUUUAUCAUGACCUGAUACAUUCUCCAGCUUCUGAAAUGCUGUUAAACCUGGAACACAAUUAUUUUGUUAGUAUCUCAGAAUUAAUAAGUGAAAGAGAUGUCGAAUUGAAAAAACUACGGGAAAGACAAGGAGCAGAAAUGGAUAAGGUGAUGCAGGAGCUAGGGAAAUCACUAACAGAUCAAGAUGUAAAUUCAUUAGCGGCUCAGCAUUUUGAAUCUCAGCAGGAUUUGGAGAACAAAUGGACAAAUGAAUUAAAACAGUCUACUGCUAUCCAGAAGCAGGAAUAUCAGGAAUGGGUGAUAAAGCUUCAUCAGGAUCUAAAGAAUCCAAACAACAGCUCAGUCAGUGAUGAAAUUAAUGUUCAGCCCAGUCAACUGAGAGAAUCUGUAGAAGGAAAUGGAAGAAUUUAUGAAGAGCAAAGGCUGUUAGAAGAAAGUUUUACUAUUCACUUGGGAGCUCAGUUGAAGACCAUGCAUAACUUGAGAUUACUGAGAGCCGAUAUGCUGGAUUUCUGUAAACAUAAGCGCAAUCAUCGAAGUGGAGUAAAACUUCACAGACUUCAAACUGCCAUGUCUCUCUAUUCAACUUCUCUCUGUGGCCUGGUUUUAUUGGUAGAUAACCGUAUCAGUUCAUAUAGCGGCAUCAAAAGAGAUUUUGCAACUGUUUGCCAAGAAUGCACGGAUUUCCAUUUUCCUGGAAUUCAAGAACAGCUUGAAGUUGUCCAGAAGGUUGUACUUAAGGCCAGAGCACAGCGUAGCAGUAAGUCGAAAAGACAUCAUGAAAACAGAAGUAGUGGAAAUGAAGAUAAAUUAAAGAAUAUUGAACGAAACCAGUCAAAUAUUUUGCCGGGAGAAUUCUACAUUACACGCCAUUCAAAUCUUUCUGAAAUUCAUGUUGCUUUUCACCUCUGUGUGGAUGAUAAUGUAAGAUCUGGGAACAUAACUGCUCGGGAUCCUGCAAUCAUGGGACUCAGAAACAUUCUCAAAGUUUGCUGCACACAUGACAUUACUACCAUUAGUAUUCCUCUCCUGUUGGUGCACGAUAUGUCAGAAGAAAUGACCAUUCCGUGGUGCUUAAAGAGGGCGGAGCUUGUGUUCAAGUGCGUCAAAGGUUUCAUGAUGGAAAUGGCCUCGUGGGAUGGAGGAAUUUCUCGAACUGUACAGUUCUUGGUACCACAGACAAUUUCUGAGGAAAUGUUUUACCAACUGAGUAAUAUGCUUCCACAAAUCUUCAGAGUGUCCUCUACGUUGACUUUGACCUCUAAGCACUGAAUUUUUUGCAUCUGCAAGAUGCAUGCUGUUGACAAAGAAUGAGGUUACAGAGAUUCUGGAUUGGAAUGUCUCUUUUCUGAGGGAUGAUGACCCUGAAAUGGUAUUUGUUGCAACUUCAAGAAUCAUGUCAUCAUAAUAGAAGAUAAAAGCUGUCUGUACAUGGGUAUUAGCAGUUGAUUUUUGCCUCUUGCUUUCUGUUUCAGCAGAGUAUUGAUGUUGAAUUCCUCACCUUUAUCUGAAAGAUGUUCAAUGUAACUUAUUGUAUGUGAUUUACAGAAAUAUAAGCCAUUCCCAUAAUUAAGUAAUAGGAAUAAGAGCUUAUGGUAGGAAUAGGAUCUUCUGGGUGGACUUCAGGUUGUUGGGUUUUAAAAACAUUUUCUGAAUUUACUCAGUGACAUUUAAAAAACUAUGAACAAUGUCAGGUGUCUCCUUAGAAUAACUUUGACGUAAUUUGUCACAGUUGUCUUUCCAGGGUCAUAGUGACCACAAAAUAGAAUGUAUCACUGCCUCAUUUUACCAUUUUACUAUUACAAAACGAAUGAAACAAGCAUUUAGCCUGCUGCACUUUGUAAAUCACAGAAUUGUUAAUUUUUUUUAAAUUAUUUUUCCUUUCUUAUUUUUUGAUCUAGUAUGUUAACUUUUUGCUUUAUUUCAAGAUUUCACGUGGACAAGUCUGUCACGUGAACAACUUAAUAACAACACAAUGGUGUUCUCAUUACUUUGUGGUACAGGUAUAUUUUGCUGCCUAUUAAUUAUUAAUGUUUUAUGACUAAGAAAUCUAAUCAGAAAUGCUGGGGAGACAGCUCAAGAUGCAGCUCUGAAAUUUCUUGGGACAAACGAAUCCAGUCCAAAAAAAAAAAAAGCCCCUGCCUCCCCAUGAUGCUGGGUAGCGGGGAGGUCGGGAACUACCUUUCCCCCAUGUUGGACAGUCAAGCCUUUUAAGCUCAGCUGUGGACCCGGCAGGAGGCUGGGAUCGAUCCUUCAGUGCUGAGACUGGCCACAGGGAAAGUCCUGUCUGAAACUGGGAUUCUCAGGGCUGCCGGAAGAGUCAGGCCUACAGCGAAGCAGCUGGGGUGGUGAAGGUCCCAGGUAGCUUUCUGAAGUCCACGGUUCUGUUCUGUAGGAAGCUCGGAGAUCCUGGCAGAACUGGCUCAGAAUCUGCAGUCUCUUUCUAUGUAUUGCUGAAAUUCCGCACUUGAAAACUGGAGGUCCUGGAAGCCAACUCAAAAUCAAAUUAUUUUCUAUUUUCAGUGUGUUAGUUUGGGGUUUUUUUAAAUAUUAUCGUUUAGUUUGAUAAAUGUGAAGAUUGCAAAUCUCUGUUCAGGGGAAACGGCAUAACUUAAAAUUCUCACAGAGAAUCAAAGGAAUAUUAAGCAGUUCAAGAUGUUUAUAAAGUUACUACGUAAUUAACGAACUCUUAGCCUAGUAUUUUUAUCGAGUCCUGCAUGCUGUAGAGAAGCUAUGUAAGUGACCCAGCAAACAUCUAUUGCUGAACCAUGCAAGUAAUGUGACCUAAUUUGGUGUUCUAGAAAAGAAGGAUGUAAAUUCAUCUAGAAGGAGCUGGAUUAAUCUUGUUAGAGCUCAUUUUACAUUGCUGGCCUUAAGCUGAAAUCAAACUCUGGUCCCAGAAAAGCAAAUGCUCUAACCACUAUUCUGUUUGUGAAAGGUGCGGUAGCAGAAGUAUUCGUUUUUAUAAGUCUUAAGACUUAUCUGUAUUAUAAAAGAGUUCUGUGUUACAUACUUGGUAUUUCUAUUUAUUUAAUUUUUUUUCUUCAGUGAGGACAUCUAUGAAGAAGUAGCCUGUAAAACAGCAAAAAAUCUUGAGCAAAUCAUCUAGCUUACACUUUUAGACUCUAUUAAUAAAAAUAAUGCCUGAAUUCUCCUGUUAUUUUGCCAAAACCCAAAGACACCAUUUAAUUUAGUACCACCAGUGUAAAACUGACAGUAAUUUGUGAGAAAAAUUAAAAUUAAUUUUUUGAAUCUGUGUGUUUUCAGUCCUCAGUGGGUUACGUAUGUAUUUUUCAGCAUAAUAACAAAUUGGUCUUCGAUACUAAAAAGAACAAGCAAGCUCUAGUGGUGAGGUUUUGGAAAAUCAAAGUGGUAGGAAUGGUACGGGAAAACUAUUAGUUCUGCUUAAAAUCGUACUGAAGCCUGCCCCUUGUAAAAUCUGAAUUGGCCUGCCAAACUGAACCGUUGUCUAAAGGACACUUGAUACAACAUCUGUUAUUCCCAUUUUUCAUAUCUGUUCCCGAGGAGGUAGUGCUACCAGCGGAUUUUUAGCUGUCUUUGUAGAAAAACAGAAUAUAGAGGUGGGAUGACCUCAACUGUACUUUCUGUUUGAUCUGUACCUGGCAGCCGUACAGAACGGUAGCCUACAGACUGCAAUUUAUGGAGUAAAGCCACGUGAGAAAUCGUGUUUGGGUCAUGAGAAGCUAUUUGAGAUUAAGAGGAAAAUGACUCAAUAGGCAUGAGGUUUUCUAUUUGUAUAUACAGUGCAGCGUUCCUUGGAAGGAUGACAGUAUUUAAUGCCUUGAAAAUGUUGCGUAAAAUUGUAUGUGUGGCUUGCCUUGAAUAAAUUGUUAUUGCCACCAGGAGAAAUGA